UAGUGGUGGGGUGGUGGAAAGCAGGGACUUUGUGGUUGUAUUUGGAAAGGAAAAAAAAGGUUAGAAUACGAGGAACGGAGUAGAAAGGCAGAGAGUUGUUGAGACUCAUUUGGAUUCUAUUUCAACCCAACAGUAAGCUAUGUUGUAGAAAACAUCAAAGAGAAAAAAGAGGGGGGAAAUGCUGCAAGUGUUGCUUCCUUUUCCAGGGAUCUAACUGUCCUUUUCUAUUUUCAUUUUUAAUAAAGGGUGAGAAAGGUAGUAGCUUUCUAGCAUAUGCCACCUGGGAAUUAAUAUAAGGGGGGAAGGGAGCAUCCAUAGACUGAGAGGUGAAAGGCACAAACAAAAGGGAAAACGAUGCCGGAAACAAAGAAGAAGAAUGGUGGCAAUGAAGAUUUCAAGAAGAAGGAGCGUCAUAUAGUCACAUGGACUCGAGAGGAAGAUGAUAUCCUUCGUGAACAAAUCAGUUUACAUGGAACUGAAAACUGGGCAAUCAUUGCCUCUAAAUUCAAGGAUAAAACAACAAGGCAGUGCAGAAGAAGAUGGUACAUAUACUUGAAUUCAGAUUUCAAGAAAGGAGGAUGGUCACCAGAGGAAGAUAUGCUUUUAUGUGAGGCUCAGAAAGUUUUUGGCAAUAGAUGGACUGAAAUAGCAAAGGUGGUUUCAGGCAGAACGGAUAAUGCUGUUAAAAAUCGAUUCUCCACGCUAUGCAAGAAGAGAGCCAAGUAUGAAGCCUUACCAAAGGAGAAUACUACAUGUAUAAACCCAAAUAACAAUCGAAUUUUACUUCAAAAUGGGAUGAAUGUAGAUGGAACAGCAGACCCUACUGGUUCUGUUAAGAGAAUGAGGAGAUCCCACAUUUCAGAUCUCACUGAAAACUGCAAUUUUGGAGAUAGAUCACAUGGAGUAUCUGGAACAAUGAUGAAUCAGCAGCUAAGACAUCCCUUUGUAGUUUUGGGUCAAAAUCUCCACAAUGCUAACAGCGUCGUGGUGCAAUCUCAUGUAAAUAAUGAUAAGGAGGUUUCUAAUGAUGCAGCUCAGAAUAAUAGAACUCAAGGAACAUUUCUCAAAAAGGACGAUCCAAAGAUAAACGCUUUAAUGCAGCAAGCGGAGCUACUCAGUUCGCUCGCAUUGAAAGUUAACUCAGACAACACAGAAAAAAGUCUGGAAAAUGCUUGGAAGAUUCUCCAAGACUUUUUGAAUCAGAGUAAAGAAAAUGACAUCCUGAGAUAUACAAUGUCUGAUAUUGACUUGCAACUAGAAGAUUUCAAAGACUUGUUUGAGGGUUUAAGGAGUAGUAAUGAGGGGAGUCAACCGUCUUGGAGGUAAUAGAAAAAUCAGUUAAAAGUUCAGAUU